GCGAGCUGUUAGUAACGCAGCCUGCUGCCUCCUCGGCUCGGCUGCCACCGCUGGCUGAAGUCAUGUCUGCCCAGAGCAGCCCGGCGUCGGGGAUCCAGGGGCUUCUUCUCAAACUUCACGAGUCCCUUUCAGACGACGACAUCCGCUCCGCAGCCCUGAAAUGUCACGAUAUAAUCGGCGACCUGGGACAGGAGUGCAUGCUAACCUCCGGCGAGAGUGAACUGGCUUUGCAGACAUCACUGUUGUUCUCCAAAGACUACGGACUGCUCAGCUUCCUCAGGAAGUCCCUGGGAUUGGACGAGCUGCGGGACACCCGGGUGGAGAUCCUGCAGUUUCUAGAGAAGUUUUUGGACAAAGUGUCACCGAGACUCAAAGGCUGGGACAAAACCUACGCCAGGGACAUAAGAGACAUGUGCAUGGGUGCGUACACAAAGGAUAAAGUUGCCAAAUGUCGGACCCCGGUGUUGGAGUUGCUUAUAAAGGUUCUUCAAACAACUAAGGCCUCCAGCGUGGCCGUGGAGUUUAAAAUCGGCGACAUUUUCAACAAGUUUUACAGCGAACUCUGUCAGAGGAGCAAGUUGCCUGACUCGGUUCUCGGCAAAAUCUACGAGCUGCUAGGCGUCCUGGCGGAGGUUCAUCCCAGCGACAUGGUCAACAGCUCCGACAAGUUAUACAAGGCCUAUCUGGGGGAGCUGAAAGAGCAGAUGACCUCCUCAACAAGGGAACCGAGGCUUUUGGUUGUGGCUGGAUGUCUGCGAGGCAUAACCGCCCUGAUGGUUAAUUUCACCAAAAGCAUGGAAGAAGACCCAGCAACGUCCAAGGAGAUCUUCCAGUAUGCCCUGAAGGCCAUCACUCCCCAGAUGGAAAUGAACCGUUACGCCGUCACAUUCGCCGGGCUUCGGCUGUUUGCCAGACACGCGUCCCAGUUCAGCAGCUGCCUCAUGGACCACUACAGGGCCCUGUUCGAGACCAUGUGUAAGCUCUGCGGACACAUCAACGCCGAGAUGAAGAAGACGAGCUACAGCGCGCUCGAAGCCUUCCUCAAACAGGUGGCCUUGCUGGUGGCGGACAACAUCGAGGAGCACAAAAGCAAGCUGAAGUUCUUCAUGCAGAAGUUCUGCGGCAUCAUCAAAACCAUGGACUCGACCCACAAGGAGCUGUCGAUUGCCAUACGCGGAUACGGCUUCUUUGCAGCCCCGUGCAAGAAGGUGUGCCCCCAAGACGUGGACCUGAUGUACACGGAGCUGAUUCAGCGCUGCAAGCAGAUGUAUCUGACCGAGUCCGACGGGGAAGACGACAGCUUCUACCAGCUGCCCAGCUUCCUGGACUCCAUCGCCAGCGUCCUGAUUCAUCUGGACAAGAUUCCAGAGGUGUACACCCCACUGCUGGAGCGCCUCCUCGUGGUGCAGAUCGACAGCUUCCCUCAGUACAGCGAGAGGAUGCAGUUUGCCUGCAGCAGGUCCAUCCUGAAGGUCUUUGUGGCCGUGGCCUCCAAGGGACCGGUGCUGUGGAGCUUCAUCAGCUCAGUGGUGCACCAGGGUUUGAUCCGAGUCUGUUCUAAACCCGUCCUGCAGUCUGAGGACGGUUCCUCUGAAUCCUUGGAAGUUCGGACUGGGAAUUGGAAAGUUCCUUCCAGUGCCAAUUACCUCCCCCUCUACAAGGGGCUUUUGGACUGCGAUCAGCUGAAGGAUUCUGGAUUUUUAGACGGCGCCUUUGAAAGUCAGAACGCCGCCCUCGGCUCUUUGAGCCGUCUUCUGUACGAAGAGUUGGUCAAGUCAAUUCUUCGCAUUGUGGAAAAGUUGGACCUGUCCGUGCAGAAAAUAGCAACAGGAGAAGAGGACCCGGACGACGCGGCACACGUCCUGCCCUCCUCCGACCCCACGGCUCACCUGCUGCCCAAUAAGAUCAAAGACUUCACCGCUUUCAUCAACCUGGUCGACUUCUGCAGCGAGCUGCUGCUGAACAAGCACACGGAGUAUUUCCACUGCUGGAUGUAUCCCCUGAGCCACGAGCUGAUCCUGCACUCCAUACGCAAUCCCCUCGUCAGCGGCUUCUACAAGCUGCUCUCAGUCGCCAUGAAAGUCGCCAAGAAGAUCAAGUACUACCAGGGCGUGGCUGUGAGAAGCUCUGCGUCCCCUCAGGAUGACACCGUCAGGAGGGCGUGCUUUGCUCUCUUCUCAAAGUUUGGAAAAGAGGUGUGUGUCCGGAUGAAGCAGUACAAGGAUGAGCUGCUGGCCUCCUGCUUGACCUUCGUCCUCUCGCUGCACCACAGCAUUGUUGCUCUGGACAUGAAGGCCUACUGCCCGGCUCUGGAGACGGCGCUGAGGCUGGGUCUGAGUCACGCUCCUCUGGCCAACGCAGCCUUGGACGCCCUCGAGGACUGGUCCUCCCACCUCCCCCCAGAGACCAUGCAGCCCUGCUACGCCGACAUCCUGCCGCUGCUGGACGGAUACCUGAAAACCACCUCCUCCAGCGACAAAGAUGAAAGCAACUGGGAGGUGAUGUCCUCUUUGUCUUCAACACGUGAGAAAGGAUACAGCCGAGUGCUGAGGAGGCUCCUGAAGAAAUCCAACCAGCUUUCCACGGAAGAUGCUCCUCUCGCCAUGCUGAGGCUCAGGGUGGUGAAGCUGCUCGGUCACCUUGGAGGGAAGCUGAACAGGAACCUUGUGACGGUGGUCUCGUCAGAAGAAAUGAUGAAGAAAUUCGUCGCCUGGGAUUCAGAGAAAAGGCUGAGCUUCGCCGUGCCGUUCGCAGACAUGAAGCCGGUGAUCUACCUGGACCCCUUUCUGCCCCGCAUCAGCGAGCUGGCGCUGUCCACAAGCGAUAGACAGACCAAAGUGGCGGCCUGCGAGCUGCUCCACAGCCUGGUGGUCUACAUGGUCGGGAAGAGCGCUCAGAUGGCGGAGGGGGAGAACAGGCUGCCUCCGAUGUACAAGCUGCACAAAAAGCUGUUCCCUGUGCUGCUGCGUCUGGCCUGCGACGUCGAUCAGGUGACCCGGCAGCUGUUUGAGCCCCUGGUCAUGCAGCUGAUCCACUGGUUCACCAACAACAAGAAGUUCGAGAGCCAGGACACCGUAGCCGUCCUGGAGGCCAUUCUGGACGGGGUGAUCGACCCGACGGACAGCACUCUCAGAGACUUCUGCGGCCGGUGCAUCGAAGAGUUCGUCAAGUGGUCGAUCAAGCAGACCACCCCCAAGCAGCAGGAGAGGAGCCCCGCCAACAUGAAGUCCCUGUUCAAGCGCAUUUACAGCCUGGCUCUCCACCCCAACGGCUUCAAAAGGCUCGGCGCCGCCCUGGCUUUCAACAGCAUCUACAGGCAGUUCAGGGAGGAAAACUCCUUGGUGGAGCAGUUCAUCUUCGAAGUUCUCGUCAUAUUUGUUGAAAGUCUGGCUCUGGCGCACGCAGACGAGCGAUCCAUGGGGACCGUGCAGCAGAGCGGCAGCGCCAUCGACCACCUGAAGAGGAUAAUCAGCCGCAAAGCCCCCAGCCUCAAUCAGCACAAUGCAAAGAGACGCGUCCCGAGGGGUUUCCCUCCUGAGGAGAAGCUGUGCCUGUCAGACAUGGUCGUCUGGCUGCUGGAGCAGUGUGGCCGGCCGCAGACCGAGUGUCGCCACAAAUGCAUGGAGCUCCUCUAUGAAUUCAUUCCCCUCCUGCCAGGGAGGAAGUCUCCGCCGCAGUGGCUAGAGGGCAUGCUGAAGGACCACGGCGUGGAUUUCCUGAUCUGCAGGAUCGAGGGCGGGGGGCUCCUCUCCCAGCCGACGCUCAGGGACCUGACGGGACCUUUCAGCGUGCGAGCCGCCCUGCAGUGGAUGGACCUGCUGCUGGCCGCGCUGGACUGCUACAACACCUUCAUCAGCUUACACAUCAUCAAGCCGGAGCACAUUCUCAGGUCAAAGGACAAAUCCCGCUUCCUGAAAGCCACGCGCUUCUUCCUGACGGAGCUGGCGGCUCGCGGUCUGGCGGCCGCAGAGAGCUGCUUCGCCCUCGGCGAGAGGACGUCUCACUUCAGCCCCAGAGAGGUGGACCAGUACAACUACAGCAAGUGCACCAUCACCGUCCGGCUGCUGGAGUUCGCCUCCAUGGUUCUGGUCAAAGGAGACCAGGAGUUCUGGAAGCUCUUGGAACAAGACGUGUUCUGCGCGCCGCUCUUUGACUUAACGGCGGCGGCGGUGUGCAAGCCGUCCGCCGUGGGGUUCAACAUGGCCGACGUGGAGGUGAUGAGGAACCUACCUGAGGUGUGCGUGCCUUUACUCAAGGCUCUGAUGGCCUCGCCUUACAGCAGCCGCCUCGAGAGCAGCCUGCGGGCCAAAAUCUCCCGUAAAAGCGUGGAGGAGUUGUGCGAGGUAGACCUGUACGGCUCGGCCACUCUCAGUCGCCACGAGCAAAUGGAGAUGGUGCUCUCGUCCUGUAAGCAGAUCCACAAAGCCGCCAUCCUCGGCUCCAUUCUGCACAGCCAGGAUUCAGCCUCGGGCAAGUGUCUCGGCUCCAAGCUUCUGAUGACGGUGUAUAAAGGCAUAGCGCCUGGAGGAGACAGGAAGGCGCUUCCAUCCCUGGACGUAAACACCAGGAGACUCGCGGAUGGACUGCUUCAGCUCUCCUUUUCUAUAAGCCAGCAGAGUGAGCAGCUGGUGGAGUUGCUGUUGAACACCAUCAUGCUGUCUGUGCCCAUCUCAGGCGGCCACAGCCACAACUUCCUCAGCUUCUCCCACGGCGAGUACUUCUACAGCCUCUUCCAGGCCACCAUCAACGGCGAGCUGCUUAAGAAUCUGGAAACUGCAGUGCCGCGCCUCUUGAAGGCCUCCUCAGAGAAUCCCAGCAUGGUGAGCGUGUUGCUGAACGGCAUGCUGGACCACAGCUUUAGGGAGCGCUCUGUGAGGAAGACGCAGGGCCAGAAGCUGGUGGAAGAGGUUCUGAGGAGGUGGAUGAGUCUGCAGUCGUGGUGGGAGGGACCCUCGUCUACUUCAGAGAGUAAAACCGCCACCCUCCUCCUGCUCGCCAAGCUCCUCCAGAUCGACUCCUCCGUUUGCUCCGACGUAAACCACAAGGCGUUCCAGCAGGUGUUUUCCACCUUCACCCUGCUGCUGGUCGAUAUGAAUCUACCUCUGAAUCUCAAGAGCCAGGCCCUGUUGGUGCUGCCUUUCUUCACGACGCUGGGAGAUGAGCCGCUCGCUGGGCUGCAGAAAGCUCUCGACGCUCUGGUCGCCUCCCACUUCCCCAUGCAGUCCGAUGAGUUCGCCAAGGGCUCGCUUCACCGCAACAACUACAUGGACUGUAUCCGCAAGUUGCUGGAUGCCCUGGAGCUUUCCCAGAGUCCUCUGCUGCUGCGGCUGAUGGCCGGGGUUCUGUGUCGGGAUGGGAAGCACAUCAUGGAGGAGCAGUUUCAAGGCUGUUUCCAAAGAAUUGCAAAGAGAGCGAGCGCGGAGCGGCAGCUGCAGCUGCUGCGCGCGGUGCAUGAGGUCAUCCAGCAGGGCGACGUGCCGGCUAGCUCCACGCUGCAGGCCAUGAUGGAGAGGGUUCUGCUGCCUCUGGCCUCCCACUGCAGCACCAGGGCCCUGAGCGACUUCUUCGUGUCAAACGUCUUUGACAUAAUCGCCUUCCUGCAGAGUCGUUUCACAAAGUCAAGUGAAAGCGCUUUCGAGCUCCAGCUGCGGAAGAAGAACGGCUGCUACAAGCUGAUGGAGCUGCUCUAUUCCCGGCUCCCUAAAGAGGAAGUUUACUCCAAGGAGUCCCGCAUCAAUCAGGCCUACUCUCGCCUGGAGAAAACGGAGGGAAACGAGUUGUCCAAAACCUUGAUCAAGUCAUGCUUCGAAGCCUUCACGGAGAACAUGGCCGGUGAGACUCAGCUCCUGGAGAUCAGGAGAAGCUACCACUGCGCUGCGUACAACUGCGCCAUCGCCGUCAUCAGCUGCAGCUUCAGCGAGCCCAGGUUCUACCAGGGCUUCCUCUUCAGCGAGAAACCCGAGAAGAAUCAGUUCAUUCUUGAAAACAUCAUUGAUGUUCAACGCUCCUACAACUUUCCCAUUGAGAUUGAGGUCCCGCUUGAGAGGAAGAAGAAAUAUUUCAUGAUUCGAAAAGAAGUCAGCGACGAGACCGGAGAGGCGCCCGUCUACCUCUCCUCCCAGUCCUACAUGGCCGACAGCAGCCUGAGUGAGGAGAUGAGUCAGUUCGAUUUCUCCACGGGGGUCCAAAGCUUCUCCUUCAGCUCACAGAACCCAGAAGGACAAAAACGCACCCGGGUGAAAAAGGAAGCCGAGGACCGCAGUCCCUCCCAGGACGGAACGGUGGAUCUGGAGAUGGACGAGCUGAACCAGCAUGAGUGCAUGGCGACCAUGACGGCUUUGGUACAGCACAUGCAGAGGAGCAACAUAACGCCUAACGUCCAGCAGGGAAUUAUGCCCAGUGAGCUCCCUCCGUGGAUGAAGUUUCUGCACGGAAAGCUGGCCAAUCCAGCAACACCCCUCAACAUUCGGCUCUUCCUCUCAAAGCUCAUCACCAACACAGAGGAGGUUUUCCGGCCGUAUGCCAAGCACUGGCUGGGGCCCCUGCUGCAGCUGGUGGUGUCCGGAAACAACGGAGGAGUGGGGAUCCAUUUCAUGGUGGUGGAGAUCGUGGUCACGGUUCUGUCCUGGACCGGCCUGGUCACUCCGAAGGGAAACCCGCGAGAUGAAGUCCUCGCCAAUCGGCUGUUGGAAUUCCUCAUGAAGAACUGCUUCCACCACAAAAGGGCCGUUUUCCGCCACAACCUGGAGAUCAUCCGCACUUUGGUAGAGUGCUGGAAAGACUGCCUGCAUGUGCCCUACAGUCUAAUAUACGAGCGCUUUUGUGGCACCGACCCAAACAGCAAAGACAACUCUGUGGGGCUCCAGCUGCUGGGGAUCAUUCUGGCCAACAACCUGCCCGCCUACGAUGCUUCCUGUGGAAUCCAAUACGAGAGAUACAUCCAGGCGCUCAGCAGCAACGUGUCCUUUACCAGAUACAAAGAGGUCUACUCGGCCGGAGCUGAAAUCAUUGGCCUCGUCCUGAAGAACAUGGCCGAAAAAAGCGACCAACAGCAAGAACUUUUCAGUCUCGCUGCUUCUGCAGUAACCGCUCUGAAGAAAAAAGAUCUGGAUGACAAGUUCAUCAUUUGCUUGAACAAAGUGUCCAAACACUUCCCGCCCUUUAUGGAUCGGUUCGUCAACCAUGUGUUUUUCCUGCUGCCGAAGCUGCACGGCGUCUUAAAGACUCACUGUCUGGAGUGCGUGCUGAGCCGAGCCGACGUCAUCCCAGACAUCUUUCUGCAGCUGAAGAGCUCGGGUUUCAUUCAGACGAUGAGCCACAGGGACGAAGCGAGACAGAGGGUGUGUCUGGAUAUCAUCCACAAGAUAGUUGCCCGCCUGACCCCGGUGGAACUGCAGGAGCUGCUGGGAGCCGUGACGACGUUCGUCUCUCAUCCGUCGCCCGUUUGCAGGGAGAGGAUGUACGACAUCCUCAUGUGGAUCCAGGACAACUACGGCGAUGAAGAAAGCAUGGCCGACGGCACCUCUGUGGAGAUUCUGGAGGCAGCGAAAGAAACUUUACUUCAAGGACUUUCGGAGGAAAACCAAGGCCUCCAGCUUUACGUCCGGAACUUCUGGAGUCAGGAGAAGCGCCUCCCCACGUCGACCCUGGAGCGAAUGCUGACGGUGCUCGGUUCGCUGUACUCCUGCCAGAUAGAGCGCUGCUUCCUGAGCUUGGCCACCAACCUGCUGCUGGAGGUGACCAGCCAGAGCCCCGACUUCAAGCGGAACAUGUUUGAGUUUCCUCUGUCAGAGUGCACCUUCGAGGACUAUGUGAUUGAUUCAAACUGGCGCUUCAGGAGCACGGUAAUGACUCCCAUGUUUGUUGAGACCCAAAGCUCUCAGGGCCCCGAGAGCGCAGGGCCCUCCCAGUCCGGGGCCAUGAAGGGGAAGCUGCGAGCCACUCAGACCUCGUUAGAGUUUAGCCAAACCCAGGCGCCAGGUCGUCGCACCGCCUACAACUGGCUGACGGGCAGCAGCGUGGACACCCUGGCAGAUUACUCCUACAGCUCCGAGUCUCUGUCGUCGCUGCUCGUGUUCGAUAAGAAAUCGGAGCGGCAGGCGGCGGCCAGAAGGCCAGUAGGCGAGGGCUUCGGCAUGAGGCGCCUGACCGCGUCCACGGAUGAGGUGGACAGCCGCACCAGAGCUGAAAACGAGCGACGGAGCAACAUUCUGAGGCUGAGGCGCAGAUUCCUGAAAGACCAGGAGAAAGUCAGUCUGGGCUUCGCCCAAAAAGAGAUCCAGCAGCAGAAACGGAAGAAGGAAGAAAAAGCUGACCAGAGGCUGCGAAAGGAGGCCCAGGUGACUCUGUAUCGCAACUACAGGGUGGGCGACUUCCCGGAUGUCCAGAUCCCGUACAGCAGCCUCAUCGCUCCCCUUCAAGCUUUAGCUCAGAGAGAUCCGAUUUUGGCCAAGCAGCUCUUCAGCUCCCUUUUUGCCGGCAUCCUCCAAGAAGCGGAUAAGAGACAGGAUCUGCAGGCGAGUGGCAGGAUUAAGGAGGAGCUGCGCUGCAACAUGAACACCUUCCUAAAUAAGAGCACGCUCUGCUUCCCUCCAUUCAUAGCGUGCGUGCAGGACAUGUGCUACCAGCAGAGGGAGCUGCAGCAGCUCGAGCCAGCGGCCAUUAGCUCCACCUGCCUGGUGAGCCUCCAGCAGCCAUCGGGCAUCCUGCUGCUGGAGGAGUGUCUGCUGCAGGACGCCGGACCCGAGGAACGCCCCGCCAAACGGGCGCGAGGACGCAGGGAAAUCCCGCCUGACACCAACAAAUGGAUCCACCUGGCAAAACUUUACAGGGCGCUGGAGGAUUACGAUGUGGUGCGCGGCAUCUUUGGUGGCAAAGUUGGCACAAAGUCGAUCACCUGUACGGCUCUUCAAGCCGAAGCAAACACAGACUUUGCUGAAGCCGUCAAACUUUACAAUGAGGCUCUGAACACUGAGGAGUGGCCGGAUGGCGAACCCACUGACUCUGAGAAGGAUUUCUGGGAAACCGCAGCUUUGGAGGCGUAUAACCAGCUGACUGAGUGGAAGUCUCUUCAGUACUGCUCCACUGUGUACAUUGAUGAGAAGUCUCCUCCCGACCUGGAGAGGAUGUGGUCAGAGCCUGUCUACCAGGAAAUGUACCUGCAGCACAUGAUUCGCAGCAUGUUGAAGCAGCUGCAGCUGGGUGAGCGCGACCAAACUCUGCUCAGCUUCAUCGACCAGGCCAUGAAGGUGGAGGAGCGCAAGAAGCUGCUGGAGAGCCGCCACAGCCAGGAGCUCAGCCUGCUCUACAUCCUGCAGGAGGACUACGACCGCGCCAAGUACUACACCAACUACGCCAUGCAGCUCUUCAUAGAGAGUUACUCCAGCGUAGAUACACUUCUGACUCAGAGCCGGCUGACCAUCCUGCAGUCGGUGCAGGCUCUGACCGAGAUCCAGGACUUCCUGUUCUACAUUAAGGGAGAUGUGUCUGUGGGCUCUCUUAAGCGCCUCAUCGGAUCUUGGACUGACCGGUACCCCGACGCUAAAGUGGAUCCGGUGACCGUAUGGGAUGACAUCAUCACAUCCCGGUGCUUCUUUUUAGACCAGAUUAGAGAGAAGCUGAGGGGCCCGGCCCCCAGCGACACCAUGGAGGUGGACGAGGCACAAGACCCGGCGGGCGACAUCGAGACGAUAGUGAACGACUGCAAGUUCACCAUGAAGCUGCACAUGGCUGACAGCGCCUGUCAGCAGAAAAACUUUUCAGUCACCACCAAGCUGCUGAAGGAACUCCACAGGGAAGCCAGAAGCAACAGAGGCUGGCUGCUGCGCUGGGUCCACUGCUUCAGCAGCUAUAACCACAAGCGCAGCCAUGCGCAGGGGCCGGUGGAGCAGAUCGGUUCCAUGCUGAAGACCAUCCCGCUGCUGGAGGAGCUGGAGGCAGACUGCCAGAGCGCCGAAUCGAAAGUGUUCAGACGGCAGAAGAUACUCCAGGGCACGUCUUUCCACAUCUUGGCCUCGGCUGUGGGCAGAAGUCCGUCCGUCCUGGGAACUCUCGGAGCUGACAAAAAGGAGAGAGUCGUCCAGCUUUCAGGAGCUGCGUGGCCCACUGACAAUCCAGAGGAAGCGGAGGUGGGACUGCAGCUGCGUGCGCUGCGGCUGCUGUGUGAGGCGAGCAGGAAGGCCGACGAGGAGCGGCAGUCUUUUGCUCAGGACUUCGUGGAGAGCAGCAGCAUCACAGAGACGUACAUGGCUUUGGCCAACUUCUGCGACAAGCUGCUGCGAGACGUCGAGCAGAACGACACCGUCAGUCAAUUCCCAGAGCUCCUGGCCCUGCCUGUGCAUGUAGUGCAGAGCAUGCUGAACGCACUGAAGAUGAACUCCGAGGAGGCUCGCCUCAAGUUUCCGCGUCUGCUGCAGAUCAUCGAGCUGUAUCCCUCCGAAACGCUGGACCUCAUGACCAAAGAGAUGAUGUCGGUUCCCUGCUGGAUCCUGAUCAGCUGGAUCAGCCAGAUGGUUGCUCUGCUGGACAAGCCUGAGGCUGUAGCUGUGCAGCACUGCGUUGAGCAGGUAGCGAAGUGCUACCCUCAAGCGCUGGUCUACCCUCUCAUGAUCAGCGGUGAGAGUUACCGCUUUGAGGAGUCGGCAACUGGACACCAGCAGCGGGAAUUUGUCAACAGGCUCAGGAGCUUACUAGAUAAAGGAGGCGCUGUGAAGAACUUUGUGGAUGCCCUGCAGCAGCUGUCAAAUCCUGAAAUGAUCUUUAAGGACUGGUGGGAAAGUGUGAAAAAUGAAAUGGAGAAGCCUACCUUCAGCAAGAAGCAGAUGGGUGACAUGUAUGAGGAGAUACACUCCUUGCUCUUAGAUCCAAACACCAAGGGCCACGGAGUGUUUCGCAAGAAAUUUAUACAAAAAUUCUCCAAAAAUGUGGAGAAACUCUUGGGACGUAACGGUAACAAUGUUUUUGAGAAGAGGAAAGACAAAAAGUUUCUGCAAGAGGUGAAUAAUCUGGCAGACUCCAUGCGUGGAUUUCAGAAGGAACCGGGGAAUCUGAAGGAGUACUCACCCUGGUUGAGUGGAUUUAAAGCCGAUCCAUUCAGCAACGAGCUGGAGAUUCCAGGACAAUAUGAUGGGCGAUCUAAACCAUUACCAGAGUAUCAUGCAAAAAUAACUGGCUUUGAUGAAAGGGUAAAGGUGAUGUCUUCCAUGCGUCGUCCCAAACGUCUGGUCAUCCGAGGGGACGAUGAACGGGACCACCCGUUUCUGGUGAAAGGUGGGGAGGACCUGCGGCAGGACCAGCGCAUCGAGCAGCUUUUUGCCGUAAUGAACAUUGUGUUGAGCCACGACACCUCCUGCACGCGCAGAGGGUUGCAGCUCCGCACUUAUCAAGUCAUUCCCAUAACCACCAGAAUUGGUCUAAUUGAGUGGAUGGAAAAUACAUGCACUCUGAAAGAGUUCAUCUGCAACACCCUGACGCCAGAGGAGAGCCAAACGACAGGAAAAUGUACUGACCUUUAUAGAAAAUGGCUCGCCACCUUUAAAGAAGGUUCUUCAUCUGAUAUCCACCUGUAUGGACUGUCUUACAAGAAAGCAAAACGGGCCGAUGCAGUCAGCAAUUUCCUGAAAAUCUUGCAGCACGUGCCCAGUGAUCUGCUCAAGAGAGCUUUCCUGAAGAUGUGCAACGGUCCCGAGGCGUUCCUCUCCCUGCGGUCCCACUUCACCAGCUCCCACGCUUUGCUGUGCGUGAGCCACUGGGUUCUGGGAAUCGGAGACCGCCACCUUUCCAACUUCAUGAUCAACAUGGAAACUGGAGGCAUGAUCGGCAUCGACUUCGGCCACGCCUUUGGAUCAGCCACACAGUUCCUCCCUGUGCCGGAGCUCAUGCCCUUCCGACUGACUCAGCAGUUUGUGAAUCUGAUGAAGCCGUUGAAGGAGUCCGGUUUGAUCCAGAGCACCAUGGUCCACUCUCUGCGAGCCUACAGGGCCGAGCCGGACCUGCUGCUAAACACCAUGGAUGUGUUCGUAAAGGAGCCCUCGCUGGACUGGAAGAACUUCGAGAUGAAACAACUGAAAAAAGGAGGCACGUGGACCGAGAGCAUCAACACCAAAGAAAUCAACUGGUUCCCCCUGCAGAAGGUGAAGUUCGCCAGAAGGAAACUAGAGGGCGCUAAUCCUGCCACAAUAACCAGCGAGGAGCUGAAGCUGGGCUUCGAGAAGGACGCUGCCUUCCCAGGGAUGCAGGGGGUGGCUUUGGGAUCUGCGGAGCACAACAUCCGGGCCAAGCAUCCCGCUGCAGGCCUGUCUGUGGAGCAGCAGGUGGACUGUCUGCUCGACCAGGCCAUGGACCCAAAUGUGCUCAGCAGAGUUUACGUGGGCUGGGAGCCAUGGAUGUGAUGUCAAUCGCCUGUUUGUUCUUGAUACUUGUUGUUGGAUGAAAUGGUUGUAAUUGUUGGGGGGGACCAACUUGUUGCUAUGUUGGAUGUGAGCGCGUUUUUAAGGUUAAAACAUGUUGAAUGGCUACUGUCUUGUGGAAAUUAACUUUCAUGAACUGAGAAACGGAAAAAUUGCUGCAUUUUAACAGAAAUUAACAAAAUCAAACCAAAUGUAAACCUGGAGUUGUGAUCCUGUAAGAUUGCUGUAAGCGUCUAGAUUCAAAUAAAAUGUUACUAAGUC